AACAGCGGUAUCGAUGAUAUGAUGCGAAACCUCUAAAGAGAGCCCGCCGGCUCCGCAAUACAUGAAGACGUUGUCAGUUAAUGUAUAAACUUUCAUUUUAAAAAUGCUAAAAGUGUGGGGUGUAUGAAACCCUGUCCGUUAUCCUUUGUCAGAGACAUUUUAACAGCUGUCAUUGAUGGUCCACAGCUGCGAGUAAGGUUAGUAGUUGCUCGGGAAACACGGCGUUUAACUCAGGCUCACAGAGAUGCCUCCCAACAAACGCAUCCAGAAGAAAACUCUUAAACUGGAAUGUGAAUGGGGUCCUUGUGAAGAGUCAUACAGUCGGAUGGAGAACUUUUGCGAGCACGUAGAGGAUCAUCUGACUGUUUUGAACAUGGACGACGACGAAGAAGCAGAGGGGGAAAGAAACUGUAUGUGGAGAGAUUGCGGUUUCUGCUCCGUAGAAGGUUCCGGAGAGCUGCGACGGCAUCUACUCUUUCACUGUUACCACACAAAGCUCAAGCAGUUUGGUCAGCAGGCCCUUGACGCACAGCCAGAGAUGAGAAGCUGCUCCAUUGCAUACCACAAUCGCAACAUGAUUCCUGAAAUCCCAGAUAAUUUCAACUGCCUUUGGGAGGAAUGUGAGCAACCACCAUAUGAAAACCCAGAGUGGUUUUAUCGCCAUGUGGAGAUGCAUAGUCUGUCCAUAGAUAUACCAGCAGGUGACUGCGAGUUCCCAAUACGCUGCAGAUGGAAAGAUUGUGAAGCUGUUGCAAAAGGGCGUCCAAAGCUGCGGGAGCACCUUCGCAGCCACACGCAGGAAAAGGUUGUGGCCUGUCCAAGUUGUGGGGGGAUGUACGCAAACAACACCAAAUUCUUUGAUCACAUCAUACGACAGAGUGCCAUGGAAGGUCAGAGGUUCCAGUGUUCACACUGUUCCAAACGUUUUGCAACAGAAAGACUGCUGAGAGACCACAUGAGGACCCACGUGAGCCACUACAAAUGCCCGCUAUGUGACAUGACCUGCCCAUCUCCCUCUUCACUGCGCAGCCACAUCAAGUUUCGCCACAGCAAUGAGAAGCCGUACAGCUGUGACUACUGUGAAUACAGCUGUAAGAAUCUGGUGGACCUGCGAAAGCAUUUGGACACCCACAGCAGUGACCCCGCAUUCCACUGCGACGUUCCCGGGUGUGGCUUCAACUCUCGUACACUGUGCACCAUGAAAAUUCACCACAAGAAAGAACAUGAGGGGACUUUUACAGCUCGCUACAAAUGCCAUGUGUGUGGCCAGUGUUUCACAAGGGGCAACAGCUUAACUGUUCACCUGCACAAAAAACAUCAGUUUAAAUGGCCCUCUGGACAUCCCAGAUUCAGGUAUAAAGAACAUGAGGAUGGCUUCAUGCGACUGCAGCUAAUCCGCUACGAGAGUGUGGAGCUGACGGAGCAGCUGAUGAGGGAAAGACAGAAACGGCAGGCAGAGGAGGAUGGUGACAGCAGGGGCCGCAGUAAGGAUGAGGAGAUGGAAGGGGCAUCGACAGGUGCUUCCGAGGUGCAGGAACAGCUACGCGGAGUCCUGCUGGAGGAGCAGCGGGCCGAGGAGCUGACCAUCUGCACUGAGGAUGGAGGGCAGGAAGAUGGCAUGCUGUAUGUCCUCACAACACCGGAGGACUCUGUUAUACUCCAACUCCAGGAUGCUACUCAGCAACAAGGAAUGUAGCUUAACUGACUUGAUACACAUCAUUAACGCGGGACUGUUUCUCAGAUACGUGUUAAACAUGUGGAGAGACUCGGGAGGCCCACUCUGUCAUGAGCUAUCUUAACAAAGCCCCGUAUUUAGAUAAUACAAUGCUUUUGUGUGUUUUAAUUUGCUGAUGUUGGUCACAUUUGUCCGUGUUUUCAUAUCAUUUUCAUAUGUCAUUAUGAAACAUGUUGAGACGGGGAGAUGGCCUUAUACAUUUACAAUUCAGCCAUAAAGCUUAAGUGUAGUCACCAGAAACAAACACUGACUCUUAUGGAGUCCAGCAAAAAAGGCUUUACUGAGCAAUUUGAUGCAAAAAUCCCUAAUCUCAAUAAAAAUGUGGAACUUUGGUUA